UGUUUCAUGCGCCUUUGAUGCAUCGACUCGAUAAUUGUGUAACUGUCUCUUCUCUCCCUUUGUGUCUCAUAAGAUCGGGCUCUCCUACUUGAGAGGGUCUUUCCGCGUGGUGGAGGGGUCUAGUCCGGCGAUCUUAUCAGUUAGUAUACGACUGUUGCGUGCGUCGCGUUACAUGUUACAUCCUGUAUCCCGAGUACAAUUCAACUUUGCGGGACCACGUGGCGAAAGUUAACGCGUCAUAACGUGUCACGUUCGGAAAGAAAGCGAAGAAACGGUUGAAUGUUACUGAAUGUGAACUUGCUGAAUGUUGCAUAUUGAAAAUUGAAACCAACAGCCAACAGCGAUAUAUGAGCGGAAGUUCUCCCCCUCCCCAUCAAGAUUUUACCGCUACCACAACUCGAACUGUGUCGAACACGAGAUAUCCACAGGACGACGAGAUCACGCGGCAACACUAUUUAUUCGAUCGCGACAAAUGUAUUUGCAAAUAUGGAUAUUUAUGGUAGCGCACAUAAUCUAUGCCCAACACGUUGUGAGAGAAAGCAUUAUCAAACGUGGUCUAUGCAACGGUUACAAGCUCGGCGAAGACGAUCUACAGACCUUCGACUUCAUCAGCAAGUUGCAAUUGGAUCUGUUGAAUGCGCGUUACAGCGGCAUGACGAAAGUGCGAGGCAGCAAUCGCAUACAGACGGCAUAUCGGCUAGAGAAAGACACUGACGUCACCCUUCCAACAAAGGAUAUUAUACCUACUGGACUUCCAGAGGAAUUCUCGUUGGUGUACACGUUGAGAGCUAGAAAGUCACCAAAAUAUGCUUGGCAUAUCAUUAAAAUCGUGGACGCGAGAGGUGACGCUCAAUUUCUCAUCACGAUGAGUCCCAGGAAACAGACGCUAGAUUUUUCAUUGAUUGAUCACGAAGGAAAAUUGCAGACGGUCUCUUUCCCGAAUGAUCGCAUAUUCGACAAGGGUUGGCACAAAAUAAAUUUCGGAGUGUUCAAGGAUAAAUUAGUGCUUAAAGUUGAUUGCGAACAUAUUGGUACAGAAGAAUUAAGACCGCGCAGAUCAAGUAAAGUCGAUGGAGACAUGUCGAUAGCCAAAAUGAAGAAUAGUAAAGUCACUGUACCGAUCGACAUACAAUGGAUGAGCCUAAACUGCGAUCCUACGAGACUAGAGAGAGAAACGUGCGAGGAGCUACCAAAAAACUUAGCCGCCUCGCUUCAAAUGAAACCUGCUUGCGAAAAAAUCUGCCUGCAAGGAUUCAACAGUACAAAUGGAUCCCCCGAUUUACGCGGCCCGCCCGGAGUACCGGGACCAAUUGGUAUACCCGGGCAACGUGGGCUGCCGGGAGAACAAGGAAGAACAGGAGCCCCUGGUAAUACUGGCGCCAGAGGUUUCCCAGGAUUACAGGGUCCCAAAGGAUCGAUCGGACCUGCGGGAUCACCGGGAUUACCAGGUUUACCGGGACAAAAAGGUGAUCGUGGUGAAAGAGGUGAUAUGGGAUUUCCGGGUUUGAAAGGAGAUCAAGGUCCUCGAGGAUUUCCGGGCCCACCAGGGAAUAGCAACUCGUCACGCUUGAUGGGUCCCCCUGGCGAGAAAGGAGCUAAAGGUGAACGGGGAAACGAUGGUGCUCAAGGACAACCGAGUGAAAAAGGCGAACGUGGAGACAGGGGAUUAGACGGAAUUCGCGGUCAUGACGGCACACCAGGUCCUCCCGGUCCUCCGGGACUUCCCGGUUCCCCUGGACCCGCAGGAAAUAUCGUAUUUACGGAUGCUCCUGGUAUUCCAGGACCAACAGGUCCUCGUGGCGUAACAGGUCUGCCGGGGCCACUAGGUCCUCCAGGAUUGCCAGGAUUAUCAGGGCCUCCUGGACCGCCAGGCCAAAGAGGUCCGAAGGGUGAUACCGGAGAACGUGGUCGAGAUGGCAUACCGGGACUGACGAAUAAUAACGUAAUACCUGGGUCACCUGGUCCUGAAGGACGUGCUGGUCCUCCUGGCGAAGAUGGUCUUCCCGGUGAGAAAGGAGAAGUUGGACCAAUAGGUCCUCCAGGAUUACCCGGAGAAAUAGGAAAAGAUGGAAUUCCAGGAUUACCGGGACCGCAGGGACCACCAGGCUUACGCGGGGAACCGGGCUCUCCAGGAUCGCGAGGUUUAGAAGGGGUUGCAGGAAAAUCAGGGCCGCCAGGACUCGAUGGAAAACCAGGUCAAAAAGGCAAAGAAGGUGAACAAGGACCUGUCGGACCUCGUGGGCUACCAGGAAGUUCGGGUUCAACGGGCCUGCCGGGUACACCAGGCGUACCAGGAUUGGAAGGAAGGCCCGGUCUAUCCGGGCCACCAGGACCGCCAGGACCGCCAGGUUCGCUAGGGCCUCCAGGAUCUCCUGGUUUUCCAACUUCAAACAGUAACUUCGAUAGGAUUGAUAAUCUCGAUCUUGAAGGACCCAGAGGCCCAAUAGGCUCUCCAGGAAUACCAGGUGAAAGAGGAGCCCCUGGAGAACGAGGAUCAGAGGGUCAAAUAGGACCGCCCGGAAUACCCGGCAAGGACGGAGCACCUGGAUUGCAAGGAUUACCCGGAAAUAGAGGUCAAACGGGAUUACCAGGACUUCAGGGCCUGCCGGGCCACAAUAUCAACGAAGCGGAAAUUCGUGAUAUUUGCGCCAGCGUGUUAAGAGAACAGAUGACCGAAAUGGCAGCACUCAUGCAAGGCCCACCCGGUCCGCCCGGUCGAAGUCGUCCGGGCCGUCUUGGAUCGCCUGGUCCCCAAGGUCGUCCAGGUGAUCCGGGCUCACCAGGUUUGCCGGGAGAACGUGGAUUCGUCGGUUUACCGGGUCCGCAAGGUCUCAUCGGACCACAGGGGCCACCAGGAGAACGCGGAGAAAAAGGGGACAGAGGUCUCGAGGGAAUCGGUUCAGAAGGUCCACCUGGUCCAAUAGGUCCCCCUGGAUCUCCUGGUAACGAUGGUGUUGGUUUACCUGGAAGACAGGGUGAUAAAGGCGAGCGAGGCAGACCAGGUGUUCCCGGUGUUGUCGGAGCGCCAGGAGCGCAAGGACCACCAGGAUUUUGCGAAUUUUGUAAUUAUCCUAGCAGUAAUUACCUGCAGUACAAUCGUGGUAAUGAAAAAGGUCCUUGAUCAACAAUAUUCUAUAGAAACUUAAAGAAUUUUUUAUGUAGCAGGAAAAGCGGAUAGUAAAGAUAAUUCGAUGUGUUUUCUGAUAUAUUAAGUAUAUUUAUAAUUUAAUAGUCAUUCUAACCUGUGUAAAUCUUUGCAGAGAUCCCUUAUAAAUCACUGCCAUGUAUAAAGAUUUUCUUUUAAUUACGACAAAAUAAUGUGAUUAAAGCAUCGAAUUCAAUGUAUUAUUUAAUAAAACUUAUUUUUG